AAAAUGAACUGGAGGGUCAUGCUGACACUGGAGAACUUGGCUUACUUGCAUCGGGCUUGCAAACAGCUGCAUUCUCUGUCUUAUGGGAAAGUUCACAGAACACAGUGGAAGCCUGUACUAGCAUCUGCCUACCCCGUGUGCCCGGUUCAGCUGCACCCUCAGCUCUGGCAGCCAGACACCAACUCACAAGUCAGGCUUUUAACUACCAAGGAGAGAAAGAAAUCUGGCAAGGAGAAACUCCUACGGAUUAAACCAAAAGUGGAGAAGCAAGAGGUUGAGAUAAUGGCUGAGAUGACUGUGAAAGCCCUUGCAAAAGCCAUGCAUAAAGACAUAGAUCACAUAUACGAAGCUCUGUUGAACAUGGACAUUGAUUUAGAUGUGCUAGAACCAGAGUCGGUCUUAAAUGAAGUGUGGAUCAAGCACAUUAUUAAGACAUCUGGCAUGAAACCUAAAUGGGCCAAGCUAAAAGAGGAAAAAGUCAAAGAAAAUAAAGAUGCUGUAAGGAGGCCUCCCGCAGAUCCUGCUUCAUUAACCCCAAAGCCUCCAGUUGUGACCAUUCUGGGCCAUGUUGACCAUGGGAAAACAACUCUCCUUGACAGCCUGCGAAAAACUCAGGUGGCUGCAAUGGAGGCAGGAGGCAUCACCCAGCAUAUCGGUGCCUUUCUAGUGCAUUUGCCUUCUGGGGAAAAGAUAACUUUUCUUGAUACUCCUGGCCAUGCUGCGUUUUCAGCCAUGAGAGCAAGAGGUACUCAGGUCACUGAUAUAGUCAUAUUGGUGGUAGCAGCAGAAGAUGGAGUAAUGAAGCAGACUGUGGAAUCUAUUCAACAUGCAAAAAAUGCCAAAGUUCCAAUUAUUGUUGCCAUCAACAAGUGCGACAAGCCAGAAGCUGAUCCUGAGAGAGUGAAGAAAGAGCUGCUCGCUCAUGAUGUGGUUUGUGAAGACUACGGAGGAGAUGUUCAGACCAUCAACAUCUCAGCCUUGAAGGGUGACAACUUGAUGGCUUUGGCGGAGGCAACUGUCACGCUUGCUGAAGUGCUGGAACUGAAGGCAGACUUCAUGGGCCUAGCAGAAGGCACCAUCAUAGAAGCUCGUACAGACAAAGGAAAAGGUCCAGUAACCACAGCUGUUAUCCAAAGAGGAACUCUGAGAAAGGGCUGUAUUUUGGUUGCAGGAAAAAGCUGGGCCAAAGUGCGCCUGAUGUUUGAUGAAAAUGGCAAGCCAAUGGAAACUGCCUCCCCGGGCAUGCCAGUGGAGAUUGCAGGAUGGAAGGAGGUUCCUUCAGCAGGAGAGGACAUACUUGAAGUAGAGUCUGAGCAAAGAGCUCACGAAGUUAUCGACUGGAGAGUCUUUGUUGAACAACAAGAGAAAAUAAAGAAGGAUCUAGAGGUCAUAGAAAUGAAACAAAAGGAGCACAGAGAAGCAUACGAGAAGGAGCGAGAGGGCUUGACCAACAUGACCUGGAGGGAGAGACAGAGAACCAUGUACAAAGCCAAAAGGCAUCUCAUGUAUUUGCGGCCUAAGGAAAGAGUGCAGAGUGACAAAAACAAAUUGCCCAUCAUUAUCAAAGGUGAUGUUGAUGGUUCAGUGGAAGCCAUUUUGAAUAUCCUCGAUACCUAUGAUGCUGAUGAGGAGUGUGAAUUAGACGUUCUCCAUUUUGGGAUUGGGGAUAUAAGUGAAAAUGACCUAAACCUUGCUGAAACAUUUCAAGGUAUUGUGUAUGGGUUCAAUGUGAAUGCAAGUAAAUCUAUUCAGCAGUUGGCUGCUAAAAAGGACAUAAAGAUUAAAGUCCACAAUAUCAUCUACCGGCUGAUUGAGGAUUUGCAGGCGGAGCUGAGCUGCACGUUGCCCCAUGUUGUGGAAGAGCAUAUAUUAGGAGAAGCUGCUGUUUUAGCUACAUUUGAAGUCACAGUAGGGAAGAAAAAAGUUCCAGUAGCUGGCUGCAGGGUACAGAAGGGACAACUAGACAGAAAGAUGAAGUUUAAAGUAAUUCGUAAAGGAGAUGUUGUUUGGUCAGGCUACUUGUCAUCACUGAAGCACCACCAAGAUGAUGUUUCUGUAGUGAAGACUGGCAUGGAGUGUGGCCUCAGCCUGGAGAAAAACGUAGAGCUGCAAGUUGGCGAUGAGAUUGUUUGUUUCAGUGAAGAGGAGGUUGAACAGAAAAUUUCUUGGAACCCAGGAUUUUGAGUUUUACAGCAGCUGAUGUGAGACAGUG